GCAAUAAUAAAUCGUCUUCACGGUUCUCCAAAGGCUCGACAGACGAGGUCGUGGACUCUUGUACAACAUUGGGAAACGUCUGGGACUCACGCGGUGGGGCCAGCCCGGGAACCGAUUUCGGGACUGGAUGGUGUCCCGAUUCACGGCGUCCCCAGCACGCAACAACGACUACUCCUGCGGCGACUUGCCGGCGGCCGAGUGCGUCGCAGCCGGCUUCAUGUACAAGUGUCUCGGCUGCUGUCUGGGCUCCGAACAGUCAGCUCUUCAAUCAGGCUGCUGCAACGUGUGUCUAUUCAAGGUGCUUUUGUUUGGAGACGACCCGUCCCUGGGCAGCAUCCCCGUCGAAGUCGUCGAGCAACAAUUCCACGUCACAGAAGACGGCAAAGCAGCACCAGGGGACAAAAACGACAAUCCGAAACCCUCCUUGGUUCCUUCUUCCUCGUCACUAUCCUCAUCAGCCUCGGCCACAGGAGACUCAUCGUCACUCGCCCAGUUGCUGCCCACCAAAAUAGGCCACACUGAGGCGACUCUCGCGGCGGCCGACAUGAUGAUCACUCUGGACGAGAAGCCCCUGAGCCCAGAGCAGAUCAAAGAGCUGGAGCAGAAGAGACGUCGGGAGAAGGCAGAGUUGGAGCAGAUCUCAAACAUCCAGAAAUUUCUCCGCGACAAUUACAAGCCCUCGUAUCUCCCGGACGUCGAGGAAAAUGACCCGUCGACAAAGCACACCAAAUUCAACUUGAGACCAGCGAGGACCAAGAAGGAACUCGCCGACGCCAAGGGCGUGUCGAAAACCGCACAGAAAGUUUACGUGUGGAACGGAAAGGACUUCGACGCAGCCAUCAUAGAAGUGAACGGGGAGCUGACGGAUCACGGGAAAAUCGUCGACGACGACAAUAACCCGAAACCCGAUGCCCCAGAAGCCCGCCAAGGCACCGACAUAUCGUGGACGGGUAACGGGAAACUGGGAUUUCCCGACGACAACGACGAGGUACCAGAGCCCGUUGCGGCGGCCCUGCAACCCGUCCUGGUUUGGACAGGGAACGGGAAACUCGAGGCGGACUUGGUCGUGAAUCCCGUACAACAACGAAGCAACUCACGGCACCUCCGAUUCCUCGACUGAGCUCAAUCAAAUACAACACACGAGGAAAUAUGAAAAAAAACAAUCUUCAACUACGGUAUUCUUUUGAAACUCCUCAACGUGAUAUGCAUUUCUGGCCAAGUCAAAGACCUUCAAUUUAUCCGGCAAAUGCAGAGAAAAAUUCGACAUCGUGAUUACUAGCGAAUAAAAUAACACAGUAAAAUAAAAUCCAAAUCUAAAUCGCAAUCUCCACUUCCGUCUUCAAAAUCUCGUAAUCAGUACCGUGCAUUGGGACUCGUAACAAUGAAAAAUAAAAUCAUCCAACCUUCCAGUUCUUUUAUGGAUUUCACAUCUUGGGACUUUUCCCGAAUCGAAAAAAAAAUUGGGAAUAAUGUUGCAUUGUCAGAAGAUGAGCAAUUCAAAUUGCUUCUGCUUUUCGCAAUAAGGAAGAACAUUUUUUGAAAAAUUGUAUCCCAAAUGUAUUACUUUCUUUAAAAAAGAUACUGCAUUGAAAUUAAGCGGCACACUUCGAGAUAAACGUAACUCAACAUUCCCAGAGAGAAAACUCUUAAUGAUUUCCAUACAUUUUCCACAGAAACUAAGAAAAAAAUUAUGGCUAAAAAUACUGUAGUUUCUUUAAAAUGGAAUCUUACUUUAAAGCAUUUUUCUGCAUCGAAUUCAGAAAAUGGUGCCCCUCAAUAAUCCUGACAAAUGCUUUUCAAGGCAUGGCGGACACUUCGCAGAAACUUAAGAAAUCCUCCCAUUACAGUACUGUACUGUAUUGAGCAUUUCUAAUUUUGUAGCAAAGCUUGCAUUUAUCUUUAAAAUGAAACAAAUAAACGUAAGCACCUGCACCACGACACCCGUGAUGCGGCCCAAUCGAUAAAAUGCUCUUGCCAAUGGAAGAGGAUGCAUUUUGCACGCAAUUCUGCGUAAUUUCAUUUCGCCGCCCACUCACAAGACGAAUAAAUACAAUUAUAAGAAUAGCAAAAUUUCAGGGGGAAAUUUUGCAUUCCUCGACGAAGUCCACGAGACUUCCAGGGUACUGGGUAUUGCAUGAUGUACACGGAAACACUCUCGACAUUGCGAUUUGAUAAAAUAAUCGCAAAUCAAUCAAAUUUUUCCGAAAUUUUCAACGAAAGGAAAACAUUUUUAAUCCUCGACAUUUUCAAUUUUAGAGUUCCUCGCACGGAAUUCGCACAAAAAAUGUAUUUCCGUCAAUUUCAAAAUCGAGAUGAAUACAUUUAUGCGUCAAAGAACGUUUUGAACAGCUACAAUCCUUAUGAAAUCAUUUUUGAGCAGAAGAAAGUCCCUCUACUGUAUUUCGAUUGUUUUCUGAGUUCUCGCGAAUUCACCAUGAAUUUACACAUAUCAGCUCAUGAUUUAGAGAUUUCACACAUCUACGAAGAUAAUUUUUCUAGAAUAAAUUUAUUUACUUUCCUCUGAACAUCUUAACAAAGAUGCCACGUGCAUUUAAAGCACAAUUUAUCAUCAACAUCACGGACAUACACGCGACUAUUGACUAUGAUGACGGAAAAGAGCGCUGGGAUUCAUCGUUCUUGAACGAAUUGCCAUUGCGCAGUUUCAUUUACAUAUUUUAAAUCUCAGUACUUGCUCAACAAAUGUGCAAACUGCUCUUCCGUUUCCAGACUGAAAGAGUCGAGUCUCGAUUACCUAAUUAGGGAAAUGAAGGUGCCAUCAUUGAUCAAGAUCGAGAAAAAUAUCGAACACCGGGGGAAGAAAGUGCGUUUUCCCGCCGCCUUCCGUGAAAUACGCGGAAUGCAAUUCUUGUUUCUAUACAAGAGAAAGCUCAUUUAACCAAGAGCAAUCUUAUACUUGCCGAACCCCAAGUCAAAUGCCGAACCCCAAGUCUCAAAAAAACGCAACGAUUCGAAGAACGUGUUUUUUCUUCUUCGCCUCGGCAGAAAAGAAUUCCCGCG